AUGCCUUCCACGAACGGCCAUCCUGACGCCGACCUACAUCCUGUAGCAACCGGCCCAGCUAUCAAACUCGUCGAAGCGCACAAAGAAGCAGCACCGCACAUCCUCUACUCCGGCUGGUUCUGUCCCUUCGUGCAACGAUCCUGGAUCACACUCGAGGAGAAACAAAUUCCAUACCAAUACAACGAGAUCAACCCAUACCACAAAGACCCAGAAUUCUUGAAGCUCAAUCCCCGAGGUCUCGUGCCAACUCUUGGAUGUCCCGUGUCAGGUGGACAGAAGGGCGAGGAUGGCGUUGAGCGUAAGCCCUUGAUCGAGAGCAACAUCAUUAGUGAGUAUCUGGAUUCACUACCAUCUGAACGACCAGCUUUGUAUGCUUCGGACCUGUACACGCGUGCGCAACAGAAGGUCUGGAUCGAUUUUGUCGGAACGAGAAUAAUUCCUGCUUUUCAUAGGUUGCUGCAGCAUACGCCAGAGAAGCAGUAUUCUCUGGAGGAUGCUAAGCUUGAGCUUCGAGGGCAUCUGAGGACCUGGAUCGCAGAGGCUAGUCAGGAAGGUCCAUACUGGUCAGGCAAGGAAAUGAGUAUGGUAGAUGUGACGUUAGCACCCUGGGCUGUACGAUUGUGGAUAUAUGAUCACUUCAAAGGUAUCAAGGAUUUGGUUCCGGCCGAGGGGCAAGGAGGAGAUGACGAGAAGAUUUGGAAGAGGUGGAGGCAGUGGUCUAAAGCAAUCGAGGAGAGAGAGAGCGUCAGCAAUACCUUGAGUGACCGAGAACAUUAUCUUCCAAUUUAUCAGAGGUACGCUGAAGAUCGUGCACAGAGUGAGCUCGCGAAAGCCACAAGACAAGGUAGAGGAGUGCCAUAA